GCCCGAUGGUGAUGACCACUGACCAGUUACUGUGACGUCAAAAAACGUAUUUCCGCGGUGUCCCUGCCAUUAAUACUUCUCUGGCCUGUUGGUUUGACUCUCUCUCUUCGCUCGAGGGAGAAUAAGCGAAGGAUUAAGCAAAGGUCGGCUUGUGGCAAGUCUACUCGUGACUCUGCUCUACGGAGAGAGACACACCAGAUCUGAAGAGAAUCGUCAUCUCUGGUUCAUCUAAAAGAGGAAACAACAAGAUUAUACCAAUAGGACUUUGAUGGCCUUGGGAUCCAUCAGCAUCAAGAUACACAACAAUGUACUGGAACAGACAAUCUCAUCAUACAGGAUAUUUCAGGUGUGUACACCUCGCUGUCUUUAAAUACCGAUUAUUUAAAAAUGGCUUUUCGGGCCUGAAAAGAUUCCAGGGUUUUCGAGAAACAGGCCCCUGGGUUUGGACCUGAAGAGCAAGUUCAGUACUUUCUUUCUGAUCCUCAGGUUUUUGCAUCGGGUCCAAUCUCAUUGUUUCUUCUUUUAGACCUGACCUACCUUAGUGCUCUAGACUAAACCCAUUUAAAAUCUGCAUCCUAAACCUUCGGCUUUUGGGCAUAAACCAAACAUUUAUGAACUUUAACACCAUGAUUGAUACAGUGACAAUCCUGAAGUAUCAAAUUUCAGGACCACCUAUCAUAGAGGUCAUGCUGAUGGGACACUCAUUAUCAAGGGCGAGGUAUUUCAUUGCUAUGUAGGGGAUUUAAAACUGUUAACUGAGCUCAGGCUUGGACGAUUUAAUCGUGUUUACCGGAUGGUACAUGAACCCACAGGCCACAUUAUGGCAGUUAAGAUUGCCGAUCUUUCCUCCGAGAAUCUACAGAAGAUGCUUGUAAAGUUUUUGAAUGGCCCUAUAGUGUACAGCCCACACAUCGUGCCUAUUUAUGGUGCCAUCAUGCCUGAAGAGGGAAAAGUUUGGAUCUGUAUGGAGCCAAUGAGAGUAUCAUUAGAAGAAUUGCGCAGAAGAGUAUAUGCCACACCUGGCAGAAGGAUGCCUGAGCAGGUCAUACGAGAAAUAGCCAUUGCUGUGAUUCAUGCCUUAAACAAUCUGUGUACCAGACUGGAAUACCCACACAGAGGUGUAACGCCGUCCAAUAUUUUAGUGGAUGACGAAGGAAAUUUCAAGCUCUGUUUUGAACCUGAUACAUAUCCUCUUGAACUCUCAAGCUCUGACGUAAAUAUUAAUUCGCACUGGGGAGUCUAUGAGCCUGUUGCUAUCAGAGGUAUGGUGAGGUAUAAUGAUAUUGACUCAGAGAUAAGGAGGCUAGGAAGAAUCCUGGUAAGAAUUUCGUAUAAUUAUUAAUGCACCUGCUUUUUCUUCAUCACUAUCAUCUUCAUCAUCACCACCACCACCACCACUGGCCCUUUUCACCACCAGGACCACCACCACCGUUGACCCAAUUACCGCCACCAUCACUACCACCGCCAUCAUCAUCACCAUCAAACACCUGAAAAAAUUCAAGAGGGUUUGGAUGGGGUGCUGGAAUCUCGGGGGUCAGUUAAAAAACACACCUUCUCUCAGUUUGACAGUUAAAUUCUCACCAAUCUCAGUUAUUAGUUAGACCACUAGCCUGUGUUACAGCUGCUGUCCCUGGAACUGAAAAAAAAAAAAAAAAAAGAAAAGAAAAAAGAAAUCGGAGAGAGCAUCUAUGUGUUGCCAUUGAUAAUCGUGUUCCUUACAUAAAUUAUAUAGGCAUUAAAAUAAUUAAAACCAUUUUAUAAUUAGUGUCUCCCAACAGCUAACGUGACACAUAGAGAAAACAAAGACGUUUGUUCCCUCCACAUAUACUAUUACUUGUAUUCUUAUGUACUUGAUUGGCCACUCCCCAUUGGGGCUUUUCAGGACCAAUGUAGACAAACAAUGAUAAAUAAAUAUUCAAAUAAACAUUAACCAGGUUAAGAAUCCCAACUGGCGGGAGGUAGACCAGUUGGGUAUUUACAAGUGCAGCCGAGAAGUUGAACUCGGGGCUACCGAGAACAACAUCAGCUAGCGAUCAGAACGGGAUUUGAACCCGGGACCUACGGAUUUCAAAUCCGGCGCUCUAACCACUCCGGACCACGCUGCCUCCACAUCUUUGCACGAGACCGUUAAUGCUGCCUUUAAAAGUUUGCAGGUAAAAAAUCAGGUCACUUGAAAAAGCCACAUAAUGUCCCGUCUGCACGUUCGCCUUAACUUAUUACCUUGGUAAUGAAAGAAGUAAGGCAGUCACGCUAAUGUAAUUUGCGAAACGUGGAACUUCUGACCUUUCGGCUUUAACUCGCUGUUUAAAAAUCAUCACUGCAUCGAGUUGUAUCUACGAAAAGGUUUAAAGAAUCGGAAGAAAUAAGUUACAUAUCGUUACAGUCUUCGGAAAGCUCGUUUCGCAAAAUACAUAUCCUCGAAUUUAUAAAUUCUACACUUUCGCUGUUUUAGUCCUUGCUUAGGUUAUCCCACGGAGGAAUCUGACUGUUGUGAUACUUAAUAUGUUCAUUCCAGCACGGGGAGCCCUCACAUCCGUUUAGAAUAUGAAUAAAAUCUUGACUAGGGUAUCUAAAAGAUAGUAAUGCUGCGGCACAUUCUGUGGUGGUUCAUCUACAACUCUGGCCUGAUACCCACUUAGGGUCAUGGUCAAAAUCUAUCAUCUACAACUUCAAGCAUGAUGACGCAUCGAUGGCGAGGUGCGACAACGCAUCGUGGCAAAAAAAGCACAUUGUGGUCUAAACUAUGUUUGGACACAAAAAGAUACACAUCAAUCUCCCCUUUACCAGAUCGCGAAAAUCGAAAGAUGUGGAAAAUGUUGGAGCAGAAAUCCAACUCAUAAAUUCUGUACUGAUACGAAUUAAAUGUCUCUAGAAUGUUGACAGACUGUGGGACGCGUCCAUCGUCCGGGGUCCAUCGCGAUGUGUGAAAAUACUAAAGCUUUAGCUUAAAUUCAGGUUUGGAUGAGAAGGAAUAGAUCGCAGCAUAUAUGAAAUUAGCGUGUUCUACGGUUUUCGUUAAUUAUUCUACAAGCUUUAGUAACGACGAUUUCUCUUCACUUAAGAAUUCGAACUAGGAGUUGAGACUGCUAAGAAAUGACAUACUAAGUUUAAAAUUCAGUUGUCACAAUUAACCGUCCAGAUUUACAAACUUUCACAUACUGCAUUUAGAACGAAAGCAAGAGUUGCGAAAGUCAAGCACGAUCUCCUUCACAUCGCUUUACAGGUAACUCAGAGCAAAACAUAACCACUAAUCUUUCUCACUGAAACCCACGCGAAAAAGGAUGACGGCUGGACGUCUUCCUGUUGUUCGUGGGGCGGCUCAAUGCACUCUGGUAAAAAGUGGCGCAGUGCACUCUGGUUAAAUGCAA